AUGGACCCAGGAAACAAUACAAGAAUUUCAGAGUUCCAGCUUCUGGGAUUUUCAGAGAAACCAGAACUGCAGCCCCUCAUAUUCGGGCUUUUCCUCUCCAUGUACCUGAUCACUGUGACUGGAAACAUGCUCCUCAUCCUGGCUGUCAACUCUGACUUCCGCCUCCACACCCCCAUGUACUUCUUCCUCGCCAACCUGUCCUUUGCAGACAUCUGCUUUACCACCACCACCAUCCCAAAGAUGCUGCGGAACAUCCAGACUCAGAGCAAAGUCAUAACCUAUGCAGGCUGCAUCACACAGAUGUAUUUUUUCAUGCUCUUUACAGGAUUAGAUAUCUUUCUCCUGACUGUGAUGGCUUAUGACCGCUUUGUGGCUAUCUGUCACCCACUGCACUACACAGUCAUCAUGAGCCCCUGUCUUUGUGGACUUCUGGUUCUGGUAUGCUGGAUACUGAGUGUCUUUCAUUCCUUACUACACACUUCCAUGGUGUUGAGGCUGUCCUUCUGCAUAGAGGUGGAAAUCCCACACUUUUUCUGUGAACUCAAUCAGAUGAUCCAACUUGCAUGUUCUGACACAUUUCUCAAUAACAUGGUGAUAUACAUUGCAGCUUUGUUUUUGGCUGUUGGUUCCUUCAUUGGGAUCCUUUACUCUUACUCUAAGAUAGUUUCCUCUAUAUCUGAAAUAUCAUCAGCUCAGGGAAAGUAUAAAGCAUUUUCCACCUGUGCAUCUCACCUCUCAGUUGUCUCCUUAUUUUAUUUUACAUGCUUAGGAGUGUACUUUACAUCUGCAGCUACCCAGAGCUCCCAUUCUAGUGCAGUAGCCUCAGUGAUGUACACAGUGGUCACACCCAUGCUGAACCCAUUUAUCUACAGCCUGAGGAACAAGGACAUAAAGUGUUCUCUGAAGAUGGGACUGGGGAGGGAGACAAGCAAUAAGAGACUCUUAAUCUCAUGA